UCCUUCUGGGCGUGUACUUGCUGACUGAGGUAUACCUACGUUCAAAAACAAGCUUGACUUUAUUACUUCCUACUCCUGCUUCAUUCACAACAUGGACUACUGUCAACUUAGUUUCCUGCUCCUCGCUGUCUUGGUGCCUGGUGGCGCUGGCCAGCUGGAUGUAUGUGGCACAGUGCCAAUCAACUCCAGGAUCGUGGGUGGUGAGACGGCACCCGAGGGAGCAUGGCCCUGGCAGAUCAGCUUGCACAGGGACGGCUCACACAGUUGCGGAGGGUCACUGAUCAACGAGCGAUGGGUGCUGUGCGCCGCUCACUGCCUUACAUCCGUGACCAGCAAUAGACUGACCAUCUAUCUGGGCCGGCAGUCACAGUUCGGCAGCAAUCCCAACGAGCAAAGGCGCAAUGUGGCGCGAAUCAUUCUUCAUGAGGACUACAGCCCUACUACCAACGACAACGACAUCGCCGUGAUGGAGCUCGCCUCGCCCGUCACCUUCACCGACUACAUUCGUCCAGUGUGUCUGGCAGCUCCGGAAAGCUCCGUCCCAGCCGGAACACAAGUCUGGGUUACCGGAUGGGGCACUAUCGCCACUGGCAUUCCACUUCCACUGCCGCAGGAGCUACAGGAGGUGGUGGUUCCUAUAGUAUCCAACAGUGACUGCAAUGAUGUAUAUGGACUCAUCACCAGCAACAUGAUCUGCGCUGGAACCGAAGCAGGGGGGACGGAUUCGUGCCAGGGGGAUUCAGGUGGUCCGCUGGUGAGCAAGACCGGUAAUACUUCUACAUACGUUCAACUCGGUGUGGUGAGCUUUGGAAGAGGAUGCGCGUUACCCGACGUCCCGGGAGUCUACGCCCGAGUGUCCGAGUAUCGGUCGUGGAUCCUGUCGCGCAUCAAUGGCAACGAGCCGGGCUUCAUAGACUUUGUUCCGAGUACAAACAGCGCUACGGUGGUCUUCCUCUCUGCUCCUUUGCUGUUCACUCUUCUCCCGACAAUCCUGACCGCCCUGGUGUUCUUGUAGUGAAGACUGUUAACAUCAAGUGAAGGGAUUCGCAACGAUUUAGAGGAUGGUGACUCAAAGCUUCCAUGAUAGGAAGCACCACUGAAACAUUUGAAUGAAUUUAAUUGUCUAAUGAAGGAUUCAUUUCCAGUUGUUUAUCGCUUAGGCUUUCUUUGUUAUUGUUGGUGAGUUGAUCUUCAAUGAAGACUAAAAUAUGCUUAAAUAGUUUUUGAAAUUGAAUGUAUUGAUUUUUCAUGCCAAAAGGUUUAAAAUGUUUGGAGUCGCAAAGCUCAGUGUGACAAUACUUUUCUUCGUCACAUUUUCACCUCAUGUAAAGAUUUGUGCUGAUUUACAACAUUUACAUGUCUGUUUGAAUUGAUAUACUCUCAUGACUGCUGCAAUCUAGGCUCUGUUAAAAAUUGUUCUCUUGCACUGUGUGACAUUUGAAUGUAUGAAAACUUUUUUAUGAUUAUUCUGCAAUGUAAGAUAUUAGUAUUCCAUUACUUGA